AUGAGAAAAACCAAACUGUGGAGAAGUGGUUUCCUAGGCUCUUUGGUCUUACUUCUAACGAUAUAUCUGGUUUCCCUUGGAUCUGGAGAUUCCAACGUUGGAACUCAGCGAAAAGGCUUCGUUGCGGUUGUAAAGAAAGUAACAGGAUCGAAUAUCAUCAAAUUAGCGAACAGCAUUCAAUUGAGAGACUUUUUUCGAGCUUGGCACCUUGAUGAACUUGAUGCACUCAAAGCAGGCCCACUAAAUGACGAUUUAACUUGGACCGAAGUGUCUUCGACGCAAGAAAUUGUUCGUGGACCUGGUAGAAAUUCUGAGUACUUUGUUCAGUACAAUUUCGAUGCGAGAUUCACAAUCGCUGUUUAUUACCGGUACUUGAGCGACUCACGAGGUGUGAAGGAAGUUCCUUUCAGUUGGUACGAUUGGAAAGAUCUUGGCCCGAAGCUGAACAAACUGAUGUCUCCAGAGGGCCCUCAAUGUGAAGAUAUCUUUGUCGAAAAGGGUUUUAAACAAGCGGAUAAUUAUGAGCAAAGAUUUCCUGAGAUACUCGUGGAAAAGGGCAGUAUUUCAAAUUUCUGCGUACCCAACCUCGUCUCCCCGGUGCAAUUCCAAGUUAGAAAAAUACAGGUAAGAUGCGAAGCAGAAGCGCUGGCGCUACAGGCAGCAUCCUUUUUAUUUCAUAACGAAUUGAAACCAGCAAAUUUGAUAUUUUUGAAUAGCGAAGGGCAAUCAACUACAGUUGGUACUAAACUAACCAAAGACAGGCACUCUCUGGCAAACAGCUCGUUGCUGGAGCCAUUUUUUCCAAGUGAUUCUCUCCCGAAGCAAGAUUUAGACGAGCCAUUCGCAGAAGAGGAGUUAAAUGUGAUUUUCGAUACGCAUGCUGAAUAUGAUAACCUAUUUCUUUCGAAUGGAUCGUUGAUCAAAAAUCAUCCGCGGUAUCUCACCGAGGUUCAUCCCAAGACAUUUGAAUUUUCUUUAGAGGAAGAAGUGGAGACCCUUGAAGCUGGGAAGAACUUGAGCCCAAGUGAAGAAAGCUUCCUGCAUAACUUAAUUUACGUGCAAAACCAUUUGGAGGAAGGCACACCUGAAUUCAAGUACUUUCAUGAAGCUUCGGAUAUUGCCGGUGAUGGCAAUAAGUUUGAAAAUUCUAUGGAUAGCCGUUUUUUCUCGGGUUUAAUAGAUGACCAUUGGCAACGUCAACGUAUUUUCAACGCCCUCAUCCGAAAUUGGCUUCGUUUCACAGAAUCGGAAAAUCUAACCUCCUGGAUCGCUCACGAGUCUCUACACGGAUAUCUAUUUACUGGCUCACGCUUCCCAUGGAGUCUUUCCAACAGCUUUCAAAUGCCUCUUCAUGAUCUUAACCUUUUGGCCAAGUAUUUCAAUCAAAGUUUAGUGGUUGCACCUGCAACAGAAAGCAUUGGCAGAUAUUUCAUUGACAUCCAACCAUUCAUUGCGUCCCGAGACAAUCGGGACGGUGUCAACAAUGUUGACGCGAGGUUUAUCGACAUUGACAGCGGAUUCUUUAUUGACAUCUUUGGGCUUGGCUACUCAUCACAUCCCUCAGAGAACAUGAGACUUCAAAACCACUUUGGUCUUGAUCACGGUGGCCGUCGAGAUAUAGAGAGCUUCAACCGGGAAAACGGUAUACUGUCUGAACGGAACGGCAAAAACUUUUUGUUGUCUGAAAUCUUCCCAUUACGUCUCUCUAUGUAUCACGGCUUGCCGGCAAGGGUACCAUUCUCCACUUUAACAAUCCUCAAAGAUGAAUAUCACAUCUCUUCCUCCUUCUACGGGGUUAAGGUUCAGCUCAACAAGCACCGGCUGGUUCCGAGUCUUGGUGUCUGGAUUGAAAACUCAAAACUGAAUAAUUGGCUAGGACCGCGGCGCGCUGCCAAGGCUCAUGAGUUGACAAUAAAAGAAGUGCAAUCAAUACUGUCCGUCUUGUUAAGCGAAGGAAGCUAUGAAGACCUCAUUUACUGGAUGAGAUCGCAAGAACAAUUUUCAUUCCGGCUUGAAGAACUCGCCAUAGAGUCGUCUAAGCUAACGCGCGAAGAAAAGCUCGCCUCACUUGAAUCUUUGCAACAUGUUCAGGUUGAACUCGCAUCCGCAUUCUCGGAUCCAUUCCUCAGUGAGAGGCGAUCAAACAAGUGGAAGCAGCUGGUAGAACUUAUGGACCAUGCUGUUGGAACUGACAUGUUUUCCAAAAGAGUAUUGAAGGACAUCAUGUCCGAGCUGUCUGACGCCUUGGUUUCGUGGAAAAGAAAGCAACGGGAGCAGCACAUGGAAAUGAGUAGACUAGCUCUGGAUGACAGCGCGCAUACGCAAUCUACGCGCUUAUUUUUUAUGAGAGAAGAUGCAAGAGAGCGGUCUCUGAGAGAGCCUUUGAUUUUCAAAGAAGAUUUCACAGCUUGA